AUGGACACAGAAAUACAAGCAUUAGACAAUUUUUGCAAAGUACUGUACGAAAGUAUUGAUGGUGCUAGGCGACUUCAAGCAGAACAGAAUUUGACAGAGUUAGUAUCAUCACCCGAUUGCCUAAGGAGAUGUAUGCUGCUCCUGCAGAAUGGCACUGCACCGUUCGCUCAUAUGGUUGCCAGCAACACUCUUAUGAAAUUGCUUACCUCGAAAAUAGGCAUACCGUUACGGCAACGAUUAGAACUCAAUACUUAUUUAUUGAAUUUUCUUGGCGAAAGAUCAGAAUCGUUACCUCCAUUUGUGCUUGCCUCUCUCUAUCAGUUGUUUGGACGGAUUACCAAACUUGGAUGGGAUGAUUUUUUGGAAAAUCAAUCUUUCCCAUUCCGCGAAACAGUUUCUACAAUUAUGGAACUUGCCCAAAACAAUUCCGAUAAAGCUCAACUGGCUGUACAGUUACUAGCAGUAUUGGUUGCAGAUAUCAAUUCUUCUGUUGGUUUUGAAACUAUUACAAAGCGGCGAAAGAUAUUAUCAAGCUUUCUUGAUUCAUAUCUAUUCGAUAUUUUUGAAUUAUCAACAUCAUUGCUAAGAAAAAUGACUGUUGGUGGAAUAAAUCAAGCUCAGCUUCCUACAAUUAGCAGCUUACUGCAACUUUCAUACAACUGCCUUUCCUAUGAUUUCCUUGGUAAUAUAGUCGAUGAAACAAACGAUGAUUAUGUUACAGUUCAAGUGCCAACUCUCUGGAGGCUAGCGUUCGCAGAUGGCGAAUUACUAAAAUUGUUCUUCUGUUUAUAUAAAGAAUUACCAAUUGAGUUGACUACACGUGUGUUACAAAAUAUUGUUCAACUGAGUUCUCUUCGCCGGACAUUAUUCUCAGGUUCAGAACGACAGGCUUAUCUCACUCAUCUAGUAAAAGGCGUUAAAGGAAUAAUGGAACAACCAGAUAAACUUCGACAGCAAGAAAGUUUUCAUGAAUUUUGUCGCGUUGUAUCACGUAUGAAGGGUAAUUUCCAAUUGGUUGAGUUGAUAAAAAUUGAUGAGUAUCCGGCUUUGCUCGCAUUAUUAACUGAUUUUACUGAACAAAGUUUAAGAGCUUAUGAAUUCUCUGCAAACAGUACCUAUUACUUAUUAUCCUUUUGGCACCGAAUGGUUGCUUCUGUACCUUAUGUGAAUGUUGUGGAUCCGCAUCUCCUGAAUAUGUAUUGCCCCAGAAUAUUCACAACUUAUAUAGAAAGUCGCUUACAGUAUGCUAGAGCUGUUGCAAGAGGUGAUGUGAGUGAGGACCCUUUGGAUGAUCGAGGUGCUAUUCAGCAGGUUAUGGAUCAAAUAUCUGUAAUUUGUCGUUGUGAAUAUGAAAAAUCAGCGGAGGUCAUCAUGCGUCUAUUUGAUCAUGAUUACGCAAUAUAUGAACGUUCAGUUAGCAAUCCGCAGUCUACUGAAGCGUGCGAAUCGGUAGCAUGCUUGACGUGGCUUGUAACAGUAAUUGGUGCUGCUGUACUCGGUCGAGCAUCAUACAGUGACUGUGAAGAACAUGACGUUGUUGAUGGGAACUUAGUUUGUAGGGUUUUGAAACUUAUGGAACUUUCGGAUUCGCGGCUUUCUUCUGGCCUUCCAGGGAAUUUUAAGCUUGAGAUUGCUUACUUGUAUAUGUUAGACCAAUUUCGAAAAAUUUAUGUUACUGAUCAGGUCCAGAAAAUUAGCAAGGUAUAUGCUCAGCUUCAGACUAACCUGGGCUUGCAAGAUGAGACUGCUGUAAUUACCGGAUAUGCACGCAAAAUCAUUACAAACUUAAAAUAUUGGGGAACAGAAGAGAAAUUGAUUGAAGACACUUUAACGCUGCUCAAUGAACUUUCACUUGGAUUUUCAGCUGGUCGUCGUCUGGUACGAUUACCUGAUAUACAGUUAUUAUUGAAUCAUCAUUCAGGAGAGCACUUUUCUUUCUUGUCUGCGGAAUCGGAUAUUCGCAAUAUGAGAUGUCGUACAACUUUCUACGCUGCACUAAUGCGGUUACUGACCAUAGACUUAAAUGACAACGAUUCAGUUUUUUUCUCCUUUAUGCUGCCUUUAACAGAUUGUGUACACGAAAUUUCCGACGUUUUUGAACUGAACUCCGCAAAGGUUGAUCAGGAACGUCUUAAGAGGGCUGUCGUCGGCCUUUGUCGCGAUCUUCGCGGAAUUUCUAUGGCAUGUCAUACGAAAUAUCUCUUUUCGUUGUUGUUCGAUUGGAUGUACCCAAGGGUAUUCUCCAUAUUAAGUCGAGCAGUGGAUUUUUGGGCGAAUUCAACUGAAGUGGUCAAUCCCAUUUUAAAAUUGCUAGCAGAAUUAUCGCAAAAUCGUCAACAGCGAUUACAGUUCGAAAUGUCAUCGUGUAGUGCAGUAUUACUUUUUCAAGAAGUAUCAAAAGCUAUCUGUACAUAUGGUACUCGAAUGUUAGAAUUACCCAAAGUAGCUCCAGAAAAUGCUUAUAGAGAAAGAUAUAAAAAUAUUGGGACUGUAUUUAAUAUACUAAAGCUGGCUUUAAGUGGUUCAUAUAUUCCUUUUGGCGUGUUCCGAUUAUAUGGUGACACGUGUCUUCAGAAUGCACUGGAAAUAUUUAUCAAACUACUCAUGUAUAUACCUGAACAAGAAUUUCAUCUAUAUUCAAAAUUAGUUCGGAAUUUCCAUGUGCUAUUAGAGUCUAUUGCGCAAGAUAGUAUGUGCUUUUUAUCCAAUGUUAAGCCGGAAGUAUUUGUUUUGAUGAUGCGUUAUAUUGAGCAAGCGACUGUAUCACUUGACGCUGUUGUUGCAGCAGCUGCUUGUUCAACUUUAGAUCUAAUAUUAAAUUGUAUGUAUCGUCGUUUAACGCGUACCACUCCUCCUCGAGCACAUGUUGGUUCUGAAACAGAAGGGGAAAAUUUUAUCCGUGCUCUUGAAUCAGAUCCAUCUUUGCUACCUCAGAUAUUAUCAACAAUUCUCAAUGCCUUGAUUUUCGAUGAUGUCAAAUGCCAGUGGUCAUUAUCAAGGCCAUUACUUGGUUUGAUUUUAUUGCAAGAAGAAUGCUUCCAGCAGUGGAAAAUUCAAAUAUUAAGCAGUCAGCCACGAGAUAAAUGCGCAGCAUUUGAAGAGGCGUUUGCUUCUCUCAUGACUGGUGUGGAAGGAAAUUUGUCUAAUCGAAACAAAGAUUCAUUCACUCAGAAUAUUAAUAUUUUUCGAAAGACGGUCCAAGAUAUUGUCAAAGGUGAUAUUACUCCAAUAUUACUAGCACCGCCUGCUGAUAUGAUGUCGUAG